AUGGGAGUUGGGAAACUCGAGAAAGAAUUGAAUGCAGCAAACAAGCGUGUAUCUGCACUCGAGGCCCAGAUCGCUGAUAAAGAUGUCAGGAUCCGCUCUCUCUCCAACGACAAGCGUUCUCUCGAAGAGGAACUCAACGAGCUCAAGAAGGACCUCGGUAACAAGGAGAAACAGCUCAAAGUGGCCAAGAAACAAGUUGAGGAGGAGACCCUUCUUCGGGUGGACCUGGAGAACAGGAUCCAGAGCCUGAAGGAAGAGCUUUCCUUCAAGGAGCAGCUGUACAAGGAGGAACUGAAGGAGACACGCACCAGGCGUCAGGUGGACAUGUCUAGCAUCGAGGGUCAGAGCAUUGAGGAGCUCAACAACUCCCUCUUUGAGAGCCUGCAGGAGCUCAGGGAGCAGACCUCCGAGCAGACCACCCUGCUCCGCCAGGAGACAGAGUCCCUCUACUUCAGCAAGUUGGCUGAUCUGAAGGCUCUGGCGGAGCGUCACAGGAAUGAUGCCGUCAACUCCCAGGAUGAGGUCCGCAAGCUCCGAAGCACCGUUGAUGACCUCAACUCUGAGAUCACCACCAUUCGUGCCCAGAACGAUGCCCUGAUCGCCCGUAUCAAGGACCUUGAGAAACAGCUCCGCCAGGAGCAGGAUGAUCACCUUGAAGCAAUCACCCUGAGGGACAAGGAGCUUCAGCAGCUCCGUGAUGCUGUCGCUGAGCAGCUCAGGGACUACGAUGACCUACUCAACAUCAAGCUCACUCUCGACAAUGAGAUCGCUACCUAUCGCAAGCUUCUGGAGGGAGAGGAAACCAGGCUGAGAAUCUCCACACCCCCUCGCAAGACAAAGGCUGCAGCCAAGGACCCCAGGCCAAGCAAAAGACGUCGCGUGGAAGACGAAUCCAGCAUCACCCAGAGCGCCACCAACAAUGGUGUCGUGGCCAUCGUAGAGAGCGACCCUGAAGGAAAAUUUGUGAAGCUACAAAAUAACUCUGAAACGGACCAAGCAUUGGGCGGCUGGCACUUGAAGCGCAGUGCCGACGGUGGCAGCGAACAAUCCUACAAGUUCACCAGCAAGUACGUCCUGAAGGCCGGCCAGGAGGUGACUGUCUGGGCCUCCGGCAGUGGCAAGUCCCAAAGCGCACCCACAGACCUGGUCUUCAAGAACACAGAGUCUUGGGGCACCGGGGACAAUGUGGAAACCACUCUGGUUGAUGCUUCUGGGGAGUUGAUGGCAACUCGCACAGUGAUAAAGGAAGUCACAACACAUGAAUACAGAGAGGGUCGAGAAGACAGAUGCACCCUAAUGUAACGUGUACUGAUGAAACUUCGACAGCACUUUUUAAUCACUGUAGAAUUCAACAUUACCACUCGUAUCAUUAUAAUCGUCACUUGCGAGGUUUUAACAGUAGUUUUGUACAAAUUUUGUGUAGGUAUUAAAAAGUUGCAGAGGAUGUCCUAGUUUUGCACUUGGUCAACAAUCAAUCAUGUUUAAUCAACUAGUAGAUGGAAACUUUUAACCAGCUGCUUUUUAUACUUCUACUCGUAGCAGAGUGAUCAUGCCUUAGAUGAUUCGAAUGUUAUUUAUCCAAUGUUAAUAUUGUAGGAACAAUCACAGAUGGGUAUUUUGGGGGAAUUCUGUAUAGACCUUACAGCUGAAAUUUUAUGAACUGUAAGUGUUGAAAUGCAAUGUAUGUCAAAGUUUGUGUUGAAAAUCAUUAAUCUUAUAUCAGGGGUACACAUCCAUAAUAUUGGAUGCUCAUGUAGCUCUCCGCAUUAUUACUCUCGUUUUAGCAUGGCAGUGAUUAUGACGCUCAUGCAUUCCAAAGAUAAUAAUGAUAAUAACAUAGGGUAUUUAUAUUGCGCACAUAUCCACCUUGUUAGGUGCUCAAGGCGCUCCUAUAUUACCCGGCUAAGCUAGGCGUUCAUAGCGCACACAUCUUUUUAAGGAAUUACUUAACAUUCAUAUAAAAACUAAUGGAUCGUUCUCAUGCUUGUAUCAAGACUUUUAGCAUAUGUUGUAGAAAUCAAAUGUCUUUGUGGUACCGAUCAACACAUGAAAGCUAAUUGCAGUAAAAAUAUUCAUGAGAACAAUGACAUUGUGAUUUUACCUUCUUUCCCGUACCAUGAAAAUCAUGAGGAGAUAAACAAUUUUUUUUUCUUGUCAUGCUUAAGUCUUGUCUCAAGUCAUUUAGUAGUUGGACUUUGGAUUCAGGAAAAAAAGGCUGUAUUGCUUGACUUAGAUCCCUCACUUUUCAAAAUAUGAUAUAAUCAUGAAAAUGCAUAAAUCUUCAAUGAUUAUUAAAUAAGAGAGACCAUCUCCAUAUGUAUCUUCAGUGGCAUUGCAUUCUAGACAUCGUGGUUCCAUAACGUAAAGCCUAGUGGCUGAUUGUAUGAUUGAUUUUUGUGAUUAAUGGUACAUUGAAUCAAUGCAAUCAGUAGUAAAAAACUGUGCUGUGAUCAAACACCUUGCUUUGUAAUAUGGAAUACUGGCAUUAUGUUCAUGAAAAUUGUUGUCAUGUUCCAAAUACUACAAACGUAAUAUCGACCCCAAAUAUUGUUCUUUAUCAAAGGCUGAAAUAGGCAGGUUUCUACAUGUUUGUGUGUUUGGCAUAGUAUACUGACAAUUUUACUGUACUAGUUCUUUGAAGUGAAUUUGAGAGAGAAAAAAAAAUUUGGUAACGCCAUAUUUGCAGACAUGAAUCAUGAAUGCUAAGACUUUGAAUGAAUUAACCAUUUGCUAUUUCUGAAGCCUUACCUACCAAUUUGUGAAUUUGUGUUGCGAUAGAAUAUCUGUGUCAUUUUUAAUGCAUAACCAUACUGAAAUUGCCUGCCGAUUUAAUUGAAAAUCUGUAAUUAUUCUGCAAAAGAUCUACUUAAAACUUGAAAUAUAUGUACACCGCGGCAAAAGAGGAGUUUCUCCUUUUCCCUUGUUAGUCGGUAGUGUGGGGUUUUAUUUCUGAUUACACUUUCAUAAUGAAUAUCAAAAUCAUUUGAAUGUGUAUUGAAAGAAAUUAAAUAUCAAACAGUGACAUUUUGGAAACUGCAAGUUUUCACAGAGCAUGGCUUCUUAAAAGAAUGGGUAUUUUAAUCUUGUUGUUCUGGUGCAUUGAUCCAAAAAUUUGGUUGCAGAUUUAAGAAACAGGCUCAUGUAUUAACAGUGACUUGGACAACUCCAAUACAAAACGAAAAUGAUCUUAUCCUUCCUAUUUUAAGGUUCAACACCCUCUUCCCUUUGAAGCUCAUCAAUUUUAUUGUAAAUUGUAUAUAGUUGUAGUGAUUAAUUCUCUUUUUAGUUGUUUUGAUAAUCAGCAUCUUAUUUAUACACAUUUCUUAACUAGUUGAUAUUACUUUGUUUUAAAUCAGAUUAUCAGUGUUUGUCUACUUAUAUUUGUUAAGUUUAAAAUUGUUGGAGAAUGUAAUCUAUGGAACUUAUUCUUUGAUGCUUCUUGGGAUAGCAGUAUGAACAUUAUCAGAAACAACUAAAUUCCAACUAUGAUAAUCAAACUUUGUUCGUCAUUGGUAUAUUUUUCAUUGACAUCUUCUGUUAUGUAGGAGUAUAUUCAUGUAAGUUGCUGUUUGAAAUAAUUAUUCUUGGUCGUCAUAUUAUGGAGAAUAUAUUUUGAUAAUCAGUUAGAUGUCUGGUUUUGUGACUAAAAUACUUGUGCAAGAUUUGUUAAAGAACUAUGUGUAUUCAGUGAAUAUUUUAUUGCAGUAUACUCCUUAACAUUUCUUUGUUGGCAUUAGUGGUGAGCACUUGAAAAUUAAAGGAACAAAAAAUGAUCAUCAAAUUUGACACUUUACUAUAUUCCUAAAAUAUAUGUUCUAAUUAAAAUUAUGUAUUUCACUUGCCUUUUUGACACAGUAUGACUGGAUAUAGGGGUUAGACAGUAGGUUAUCUGCUGUAAAACAGCUAAGUGCAUAAUGAAAAUGCUAUGAAAGUAGUCUAUAUAUAGGUUUUCACUUUCAGUUUUUAUAUGUUUUCUUAUGUAAAUAGUAGCAGUUUUAAAUUAGAAGUAACCAUAUGUAGUCUGAUUAUGUUAUAUUCUUGUUUUUAGUACUUUUUGUGUAAAUAUUAGUGAAUGUGAGAGACAUAAGUCAGGUUUUUUUUAGUCACUUAAAUACCACUUAUGAUUGAUAUAUUUGCUUCUAGUUAUUGUCAGCUAGGUGCUUUUAUAGAUUUUUAUGCAUCUAUGUGGAGAAAGAAAAAAAAAUGCAUGCAACCCAAGUACAUAAGCAUAUGAUAAGAAAUAAGUUAUGACAGCAAUCAUUUUAAAAGGCAUCUGAAAUGUUAUGAAGUGAGCUUCUAUUCUGGUUUGACUCUUAAGAAGGAAAUCAACAUUUGUGCGUUGAAAAAAUCUCACUUUGUAGAUGAAGCCAUGUGUAUCAGAAUGGUUUGUCUUAAUAUUUCAGAUGGCUCAAAUCCUAAAUUUGUCUUAUUUGUUAAUUGCACAUGUGUGACGCAAACAUUACCAUAUCCUUCACUUAAAGUGAUCAUCAUGCACUGACUUUCUUUUCUUCUGAAUAAAAAUAAAAAUAUAACCCAGUUUGUAAUUCCAGGAUUUGUACAUUUAAUGUCAAUUGUCUUAAAUUGUUGGUAAACAUUUGCUUCUUCAUAAACUGUACUUGAGAACAUACCACAAUAACUUGACUGUCUCAGGUUUUAAGUGAAAAUGUCAAAUUUUUGUUUGAAUAAUAUUUACCUGGAACUUUGUGGACUGAAAUGCUUCUUGUCUUGCACCUCAAACUUGAUUCAUUGCUGUCGAUUAUCAGGGUUUGUCAAAUUUUCAAUAAAGAACCAGAACUGUA